UACUGAAUAAAAAAAUAAAAACCUAAACAUCUCUUCGCCUAGCUGGAUCUGGAUAAAAAUAUCACAUUGUGUAGAUCAAUAUACUGUAGGUCUGCUAUACAGUAAAAUUGCAUGCACAGUAAAAAGGUUAUGCGUACAGUACACAAUACUAGAGUCAGUGAACAAAACGUACCACCACAUAUUCACGCCUCAGGACUUUCACCCUGUGUGAAUUUCUUUCAAAUGACACUUUAUACAGUUGUUUCAUCAGAACUUGAUGGUUUUUAAGGAUAUGGGCUAUUGUUGACAGAGAGACCUGUUGGACAUUAUUCAAAAUUGGGGGAUCAUUGACAACAUGGGCUUGAAAUUCUCUAAGUCUGAUUGCAUUAUUGGCCAAAAACGAGGUUUAUGAUCUCUCUCUCUUGCUCCUGUGUGAAUAUAGGGCCCCUCCCUCCUUGGUGUUCUCAACAUUUAAUCCUAUGUUGGCCAAACUAAAUGCAUGUAGCUUACUGUAAAAUGAUACAUGAAUAGAUACCAAAACUGUUGAUAUAGUACAUGCAGUAAGCUAUGGAUUUUCUGUUGACAGAAGAUGUCUGAACUAUUGAUGCCACCGUGUACCUGCUUAGGUUAGGCUGUACUCUCAGUCCAGCCUCCUUCAGUGUUAGUCUGUGGUUUAUUACAUGGUCCACAAUUGUAGCACAAAUUUAGUUACACAGAUUUGAUAGUCUUCUUCUUUGUGCAUGUCCUACCCCUCCUCCAGGUCAUCCUCUCCCUCUCCCUCUCCCUCUCAUCAGCACUCUCCCUCUUCCUCUGACACCAUCCAUUUUUGUUGAAGAUAGGUGAACUUACCUGUUGCCUUUUUAUAGUGCUUAAACUUGACUGGUGUGUCUACAAUUAAGCAGCAGUGUGUGUGUAUACCUGGUGGCUGUGUUUAACCAAUUGGUUCAUGGGUGUGUUCAUUUGAAGCCUUUGCUUUGAAAUUGCAAGGAAAUUACAUCAUGAUAAAUUUCUGUGUCAAAUGCAUGUUUAGUGUAUUGCAAAUCACUGUGUGUAAUGUUUUGCAAAAAAAUGUGAAGCUGGCAAUGUGCUAACAGUUGUGCAAAUCUAGGCCUGUGUUUUGCUCCUUGAGUGUAAGGUUUUGUUAAUUCUGGGAAAGUUUUAAUUUUAGUGUGUAAGCAAUUGAAAUUGAAAUGUGUGUGUGUGUGUGUGUGUGUGUGUGUGUGUGUGUGUGUGUGUGUGUGUGUGUGUGUGUGUGUGUGUGUGUGUGUAAAUGUGCAUCAGUCAGUCAGUCUCAAUGUGUUUCAUGCUGUUUUGUGUUUUCAGAUGGAUCUGCUGCAGUCAUGUGUGUCGCUCUUCACUGUGUGUUUCUCUGUGUUUCUCUGGCACUAGGUGCUUAUUAUGAUUCUCAGGAGAGCCACGAGUCACUUCAAGUAUUUGUGAAUCCAUAUCAGGAGAAUGCUUUCAUGAGGAGUCCACGAGAUCCAAUCUACAGCCAGUACAUCUACAGGAGGAUGAAGUCUCUGGCCGAGCGGCGGGCCGAGAUCUGUGAGGAUUAUUCGCCCUGCCGUCUGUUCACACUGCACUACGGAUCACAGAUGGCCUAUCAAACGUACUUCAGCGCUCAGCAGCUUAAGCCCAACCCACAUCUGCGUCGCUACUGAGCCCCACCUCCACGUUACAUACGACCAAUCAAUCUCUUCAUUUAAAGGCGCUGUAUGUAGGAUUAACACAGACUGGUUGAACUAGGUAUUGCAGUCCAAAUUCAAAAUAUUGGAGAGUUUUUUUCACCCGGUCCCUCCUCCUCAGACUUGAAGCACAAGCAGGUUGCCAGAUUGACGCUCUGACCCCUUUCGUUUGCCAGCUUCCAUGACUGAAAUGAAAUGCGCUGUGUUUCCCGCCAACUGGCAACCCGGGGUGCUGAAAUAAUAUUGGGUAAAGUGGCAGUGAGUGGGUUUCAUAAACCAAAACAGACCGACAUUCCAGCCUGGAAUGCACAUUUUCAAAGGAGAAUAACUGACUGUAGCAUUGUUUUUCAGAUAAACAAGUAUGUUAACUUAGGAUGUUUCUAACAUAUCUGCAAACAUAUUAUGGUCUUUUUAUG